CCUUUCACGUGUUACUUGACAGAAGUCAAGUAUUUAUUUUUAAAUAAAAACAAAUUUUGUAAGCAAUGGCGAAGUCAAUCAGAAGCAAAUGGAAGAGAAAAUGCCGGGCAAUAAAGCGGGAACGAUAUGCCGUAAAAGAACUGGCUCGUUUAAAGAAAAUGUUAGGCAUAAAAGAAGAAGAAAAAAUUAACGAAAAUGAGGUUAUGGAGUCGGAUCAAGUAAUAUUUUUGGAUGCGGGAAAAAUUGGUAAAAAGAAGAAAGAGGAAAAGCCACCGGAAGAGGAAGAAGACGUUGAAAUGAGUUCAGAUGACGAAAAAGUUGAAGUGGCUGCUGAUAAUGGUAAGAAAAGAAUUUUCAGUACCAAAACAUUAAAAGACCAGAAUGGCCAGUAUCCAGUUUGGCUGCACAAACGAAAAGUUGCGAAACUAACUCAAACAAAAAAAGGCUUAAAGAAAAAAUCAAAGAAACGUCGACGAUAGUUACGGCCUAAGUUUAAAAACUGUGUUUUUAUUUUCAUUUCUUUAUCAGUUCUAACACUACAAAGUUCAACCAUGUUGAUGUAUAAAAAUGGUUUAAUGUCCAAGGAUAUUAAUUCCAUACCACAAGCUAUUUGUUAUAUAUGUAAGAUAUGUAAGAAAUAUAGACCUUUAAUACAUUA